AUGCCUCCGCGCAGAAGCCUCUUGGCGCCUUUCCUCGAGCAGAUCCGCGCGGUCCGGCACCCGGGCGAGGACGAGCCCGGCCGUCCCGCGUGGACUCCGUGCGCCGUCGCGCGCGCCGCGGAGCGCGCCCGUCGGCGGAGGCGCCUGGCCGCCAACGCCCGCGAGAGGCGGCGCAUGCUCGGCCUCAACGUGGCCUUCGACCGGCUGCGCAGCGUCAUCCCGCAGCUGGAGAGCGACAAGAAGCUUUCCAAGUCCGAGACGCUCCAGAUGGCCCAGAUCUACAUCGCCACCCUCAGCGAGCUGCUGCGCGACCAGGACCAGGACCAGGACCAGGACGAGGACGAGGACGACGGCGGCCGGCCGCGGAGCCUCAGUGAGGAGGAGGAGGACGAGGACGAGCACACGCACACGCAGAAGCAGCAGAACCCCAAGUGACUUUUGCUGCUGCUGCUGCUGCUCCUCGACACACUUUCCUCAGUAAACAUCAGUUCUUUGCUUUUUUUCUUGGCUCACCAUGGAGAGCUGCAAUGUCACUCAUUGCUUUCCUGCUGUUCUUCAAGCAUUUCUUCAUCAACGUGCCUCAUGUAACUUUCUUUUGGACUCAAAUUGGCUUCUUCAAAAUGCAUCUAUUCAGACUUGCUUUCGUGCGGGACGACACAAGCCGGAGAAUAUUUACUGUUGAGGGCCCGAAAUUGCGAGGAUUUGGACAUUUUCAACUUCAACGAGGUCUCCGAACAAUUCAUCCAUUCGCAAAAUAGUUGCCGAUUCAUUUGACAAUCGAUUAGUUGGAACUCGCUCGGCCAAUUUUGGAUUUCGUGUCGCGAGCGAGCUCGAGGUCGUGCGAUGCCCUCGCGUGUGGGCAAGGAGAGCCGGCGCCGCCCGUCAACCUUCCGCCGUUUUGUGGACGGGACGAGCGCUCACACGCAAAUGCAAAACGACGACGCUCGCGAGGGGCACGCGCCAACCGCCGCUCCUAGGCCGCGCCCCCCCCGAGAGGCACACAACACAAACUGGAGUGACUGUCAGCUUAAUGACUAGAAAACCUUUUGUCUUCAUAUUCUCUUUUCUAUUUAUUUGACCAUGAUGUGCUAUUUGGCUUCAUAUAAAACAUCACAAUAAAUGGCAACGGGCAUUUCAAUUCAUCUCAAUGGGAACAUUUUUUAACGUGGUCACGGAAUUCAUUUGGAGGUUAAGGUGCAGCGGAACAUUUCACAACAAUAUUGUAUUC